AGAAAAGUCAUUAGUACAAUUUAUAGUUACUCAUUUUUCUUCUUUUCAAAAUUGUAGUGUAAAGUGUUUGAAUGUUUGAUGCAGCCAUGGUGCACUGGUUUUCUAUUCGGAGUAAUUUUGACGCCAAAGAUCAAAUCGCAGGAACAAAUUGAUUAAUGGAGGGAGGGAAGUUUUGAGUCUGUUGAGACAGUCGAUGAAGACGAAUUAGAAGAGAAACCAAUAGACGCCACGCCCUAAUCAGAAGUCGACGAUCAACGAAGGCUUGAAUUGCAGUUGCUCUGACUUGCUGUUGUAGACAAUUGGGAAGUGUGAAGGGGGACUGAGGGCUCGCUCUUGUCCCCUCCAAAUGAGUUGCAAACAAGUAGAGAUAAUUGGUUGGGAAUAAUGAGCACUGAAGUUCAUUCCCCAUUUCUUGGAGUUCCGCUUAAGUGCACUGUUUUAGGAAGAAGAAAUAAAGGGGAUUAUGCUUACCCAAGGGGAGUUAAAUUAGAACCCCUCCAUAAGGGUUCAAAUUUCCAAUCAUGUAGAUGUGCAAGGAGACACGAUUGGGUCUUCCAGGGCAGAAAAUUAUUGCACUUCUGCAGGGAAAACCAUCAUUCAUUAUGGAAGAAUCUGGAAAUACGGAGCGGUUGGAUGAUUAACACUGUCAAGGAGUCCAUUGUGGUACAUAGCAAGACUUUGGUCAAGUUCAUGACUUUAGUGUGGAAGAAUGGAUUAUUUCAUUUCGCAGUGCUCUUCUAUUUGUUGGUUUGGUAUGGCAAGUCUAAAGCAAAAUGUUACAUAGAAGCCAAUCUGCUGCCUUCAGUAUGUAUGCUACUGAACGAUCAAAUUCAACGAGAAUUCAAUUUCGGUAAGGUUCAAAGAAUUUCACCUUUAAGCAUUACUUUGGAGUCCUGCUCGAUUGGGCCUCAUAGUGAAGAAUUCUCUUGUGGUGAGGUAUCCACUGUCAAAUUACGAAUUCGUCCUUUUGCGAGUGUGAGAAUGGGAAAAGUUGUUAUUGACGCUGUUUUGACCAAUCCAAGUUUAUUGGUAGCACAGAAGAAGGACUUUACUUGGUUGGGGAUACCUUAUUCGGAAGGAAUUCCCCAGAGGCACUUGUCUGCCAAUGAAGUAAUCAACUAUCGUACAAAAACUAGGAGGAUUGCAAGGGAUGAAGCUGCUUCCAGAUGGGAGCGGGAAAGAGAUGAUGCAGCUAGACAAUCUGCUGAAAAGGGUUAUAAUAUUUCUGAAUGCAAUGAUGUUAUGCCUGAUGUUGAUGAUUUGAAGGAAAGUACGAGUCUUCCUACUAGGUCAGGGACUCAUGACAAUUUCUUUUAUAAUGAUAAGAAGUUGUACUGGAGAGAUCAUCAUUGGAUGGAUGCUGGUGCUGAGUAUGUUCUGAAGCAUGCUGAUUUAGAGAAAUCAUUUGGUGCAAAACUUUCAUCCCCUGAAACCAGCAUCUGGUCCAGAGUCAUGCCAGGAUUUGUUAGGCGUAAGUUCAAUAAGAAGGCUAACAGAAGAGAUUUACCUAGUUCAGGCGUUGCUUCAAAAAAAAGACUUCUUGAGCAUAGUGCAUACGCUGCUCGUUUAUAUUAUCACGAACAAUCUGAAGAGUCAAGAAACUCCACUGAUGGAUCUACAGGUUUUGGUCAAAAUUUGAAGAUCUAUUCGACCCAAAAUGGAGAAAAAGAAACUGCAUCUACUUCUGCAGUAUCCGGUUCUGAAGGAGAUGCAGGACCUGAGUAUCAGGUUCUGAAGUUUGAUAAUACUAAAGCAAAAAAUAGUGAAGUAUUACCAAAUGAGGUAAUCUCUGAGACGAGGAACAAGUCGAACAAUCUCUCUGUAUCUAGAGGAGACUUAGGAAUGCACUCUAGGAAUCAAACGAAUAACUUGCGAUAUCCUUUUGUUUUUACUUUUAGUAAAUCUACAGACUCGAAUGACAUAUUUUCAUCAGUCAGAAGUGUUGAAGGAAUUGGAGUCACCAAGAACCCUUCCGCACAUAUUACACUAGAAGAUGAUAACAUUAACACAGAUGUUGCAAAUGUAACAGUCAGAUCAGUUGAGGAGGCGAAGAUUGCUAAGGAUGAUAUGUUGUACAAUGAAGGGGGAAAUCCUUCUGGCAGGUCUAGUCUGACAGAACUCAAGUUUUCAAAAUCAGUGAACAGUUUUGGAAGUUCUCUCUUGAGCCCUGAAUCAGGUUUAUCCUCUGCCUUUAAAAACAUCUGUGAGGCAUGGACUUGUUUACUUAAUCCUUUGAAAUGGCUGAAAUCUGAGAUCGGUGUGGGAGCUGUGGAUAUGUCCACAGAACUACCUGAUCAGACUGGUGAAGAAAAUUCUUCUGGCAUAGAUGAAAAGAUUCCUCUUGUCCUUGAUUCUGUGCAUUUUAAAGGUGGUACACUGAUGCUACUCGCAUAUGGUGAUGCUGAACCAAGAGAAAUGGAAAUUUCAAGUGGACAUAUGGAGUUCCUAAGUCACUACGGGCGUGUCCACGUGCAUCUCAGUGGAAAUUGCAAGAUGUGGAGAUCAGACUUGAUCUCUGAAGAUGGUGGACGGUUGUCCACAGAUGUUUAUGUUGAUAUCAUUGAGCAGAAAUGGCAUGCUAACUUGAAAAUAGCAAAUCUAUUUGUUCCGCUUUUUGAGAGAAUUUUAGACCUCCCAAUCACAUGGUCUAAAGGGAGAGCUAGCGGUGAGGUUCAUAUAUGCAUGUCAGAAGGAGAAACGUUUCCGAACCUUCACGGGCAGCUUGAUGUAACAGGGUUGGCCUUUCAGAUAUAUGAUGCUCCGUCAUGGUUUUCUGAUAUGUCUGCAAGUUUGUUUUUCCGUGCCCAGAGGAUAUUCGUGCACAAUGCCAGUGGAUGGUUUGGUGAUAUCCCAUUAGAAGCAUCUGGGGACUUUGGCAUUGAUCCAGAGGAAGGAGAAUAUCAUUUAAUGUGUCAGGUUCCAUCUGUAGAAGUGAAUGCCCUGAUGAAAACAUUCAGGAUGAAGCCUUUGUUUUUUCCGCUGGCAGGAUCUGUAACAGCUGUGUUCAAUUGCCAAGGCCCAUUGGAGGCUCCUGUUUUUGUGGGAAGUGCAUUGGUCUCAAGGAAAUUCACCCAUUUGCCUGCUGAUAUUCCUCAAUCAGCUGCAUAUGAGGCAUUGAUGAACAACAAAGAGGCUGGUGCAGUGGCAGCAAUUGACCAUGUUCCGUUCUCUUAUAUUUCGGCCAACUUUACUUUUAACACUGAUAAUUGUGUUGCUGACCUCUAUGGGAUCAAAGCUACCCUUGUUGAUGGUGGUGAAAUUCGUGGAGCAGGAAAUGCUUGGAUUUGUCCAGAGGGUGAGGUUGAUGACAAAGCUAUGGAUUUUAAUUUUUCGGGCAACUUGUGUUUUGAUAAAAUUGUGCAUCGCUAUGAAUCUGGUUAUCUUCAUACAGUGCCCUUUAAAUUAGGGGAUCUGAAUGGUGAAACAAAAGUUUCUGGCUCGCUGUUAAGACCGAGAUUUGAUAUCAAGUGGACUGCACCAAGAGCUGAAGGAUCACUUUCUGAUGCCCAUGGAGAUGUUAUCAUUUCACAUGACCACAUAUCUAUCAAUUCUUGGUCUCCUGCUUUUGAAUUGAGUACAAAAGUUUCAACAUCAUAUCCUGACGAGAACUGCUUAAACUGGAGAGAGUAUGGCAAAUCAGGUGCCAUUCCAUUCUCCGUUGAAGGAGUUGAAUUGGAUCUACGAUUGCACAACUUUGAAUUUUUCAACAUGGUUUCUUCUUAUGCAUUUGAUUCUCCAAGGCCCGUGCAUUUGAGAGCAACCGGAAGAAUUAAGUUUCAAGGAGAAGUUGCCAAGGUUUCCAGCAGUGUUGAUAGCGGAGUCUUUCAAUCUGAUAAGUAUUUAGAAUUACCCAUGGAUUGUGAUGAAGAUGCAAAGAGGAUUUCUGGUGAUAUAUCAAUAUCAGGUCUAAAACUCAAUCAAUUGAUGCUUGCUCCUCAGUUAGCUGGAGUAUUGAACAUAAGGUCUAAGGGUAUAAAGUUGGUGGCUACUGGUCGACCAGAUGAACGUCUUGCAGUAGAACUUGUGGGACUGUUGCCGUCAACUUCUGAAGAAAAUCUAGCUGGGCAGUUGCUCUCUUUUUCUCUGCAGAAAGGUCACCUGAAUGCUAGUGCAUGUUAUCGACCACAACACUCAGCUAGCUUGGAGGUGCGGCAUUUGCCACUGGAUGAACUGGAGCUAGCCUCACUUCGUGGAGACAUUUCGAGGGCAGAACUUCAAUUGAACUUCCAGAAAAGAAGGGGCCACGGUGUGUUAUCUGUUCUGCAGCCAAAGUUCAGUGGGGUAUUGGGUGAAGCUCUAGAUGUGGCUGCUAGAUGGAGUGGAGAUGUGAUCACCGUUGAAAGUGCUAUCUUGGAACAAAGCAAUAGCAAAUAUGAACUACAAGGAGAGUAUGUAUUGCCUGGUUCCCGGGAUCGAAGCCCUGUGAGAAAGGAAAUAGGUAGCUUGUUCGACAAAGUAAUGACUCGUCAUUUAGGGAGCAUGGUCUCUUCUAUGGGUAGAUGGAGGAUGAGACUAGAGGUACCUAAUGCUGAAAUAGCAGAGAUGCUUCCACUUGCUAGGCUUCUUUCUCGAAGUUCUGAUCCUGCUGUUCAGUAUAGAUCGAAGGACCUCUUCAUACAAAGUUUGCAGUCAGUUGGACUGUGUGCUGAAAGCCUUCAGAAACUUCUUGAGGAAUUUCGAGGACAUUGUGCCACAUCAUAUGAAGUUGUCCUUGACAAUUUCGAUCUUCCAGGUUUAGCUGAACUUAAAGGUCGCUGGCGUGGCUCUUUGGAUGCUAGUGGAGGAGGCACUGGUGAUACGACGGCAGAGUUUGACUUUCAUGGAGAGGAAUGGGAGUGGGGCUCAUACACAACCCAGCGCAUUUUAGCAGCUGGUAUGUACAACAACAAUGAUGGUUUGCGUCUUGAAAGGAUCUUCAUCCAAAAGGAUAAUGCAACAAUCCAUGCGGAUGGGACUGUAUUAGGGCCAAAGACAAAUUUGCAUUUUGCUGUUCUGAAUUUCCCUGUCAGUUUGGUUCCCACUCUCGUUCAGGUUAUUGAAAAUUCAGCCACUGAAGUCGUUCACUCCCUGAGGAAAUUGUUAGCACCUAUUAAAGGUAUCCUACACAUGGAAGGUGAUCUGAAGGGAAAUCUAGCCAAACCUGAAUGCGAUGUCCAAGUCAGGCUCUUGGAUGGGUCAAUUGGGGGAAUUGAACUUGGGAGGACUGAAAUCGUUGCUUCUUUAACCCCGACUAGCCGUUUCCUAUUUAAUGCUAAAUUAGAACCCAUUGUUCAAUAUGGCCACGUACUUAUUCAAGGAAGUAUUCCUCUAACACUUGUUCAAGACAAUGUUAUGGAGGAAGAAAGCACUGAAAGGGAAGCCACAUGGGUUGGAGGUUGGGAUACAGAGAGAAGUAAGACUUCUGCUGAUGAGGGUAAUGAAAGAAAAGGAUCAAGAGAAAAGAAUCAAGAGGUUUGGGAUACACAACUGGCAGAGAGCCUCAAGGGUUUAAACUGGAACAUAUUGGAUGCAGGCGAAGUUAGGAUUGAUGCUGACAUCAAAGAUGGUGGCAUGAUGUUACUAACAGCAUUAUCUCCUUAUGCUAACUGGCUCCACGGCAAUGCUGAAGUUAUGCUUCAGGUAAGGGGUACUGUGGAGAAACCUGUGCUGGAUGGUUCUGCCUAUUUUAACCGGGCAAUUGUGUCUUCACCUCUACUUAGUAAACCAAUUACCAAUUUUGGAGGAACUGUUCAUGUAAAUUCAAAUAGACUAUGUAUUGGCUCAUUGGAGGGCAGGGUAAGCAGAAAGGGGAAAUUGUCUUUAAAAGGGAAUCUUCCCCUCAGUGCCAGUGAAGCAUCUCCCGGCGAUAAACUUGACUUAAAAUGUGAGGUCCUGGAAGUGCGUGCAAGGAACAUAUUGAGUGGUCAGGUUGAUACUCAGUUGCAAAUAACUGGAUCUAUCAUGCAACCAAACAUUUCUGGAAAGAUAAAGGUCAGCCACGGAGAAGCUUAUCUGCCCCAUGACAAGGGUAGUAGUGGAGUUGCUGCCUUCAAUAGGGAAACAACAAAUGAACCUAGGCUGCCAGCUAGUGGUUAUGGUCACAUGGUUGCAUCAAAGUAUGUUUCACGUUUUCUUAACCUAGUACCAGCAUCGUCAAAUAGCUCAUUCCACCAUUCAUCUGGUGAACAUGAUGAAGUAGAAAAGGAUAUGGUACCGGUAAACAGCAGACCAAAGCUUGAUAUCCGCCUAACAGACCUAAGGAUUGGUCUUGGGCCAGAACUGAGGAUAGUUUAUCCUUUGAUUCUCAAUUUUGCAGUCAGUGGAGAACUUGAAUUAAAUGGUCCAGCUCAUCCCAAGUGUAUAAAGCCUAAAGGCGUUUUGACAUUCGAGAAUGGUGAUGUGAAUCUCGUUGCGACACAAGUGAGGCUCAAACGGGAGCAUCUUAAUAUUGCCAAAUUUGAGCCUGACAAUGGUCUUGAUCCGAUGCUUGAUCUAGCCCUGGUGGGAUCAGAAUGGCAGUUUAGAAUUCAAAGUCGAGCUAGCAACUGGCAGGAAAAGUUGGUCAUGACCUCAACACGUUCAGCGGAGCAAGAUGUUCUUUCAACUACUGAGGCUGCCAGAGUUUUUGAAAGUCAGUUAGCUGAAUCAAUAUUGGAAGGUGAUGGUAAGCUUGCUUUUAAGAAGCUUGCAACUGCUACACUCGGGACAUUGAUGCCGAGGAUAGAAGGCAAGGGGGAAUUCGGGCAGGCUAGGUGGAGACUAGUUUAUGCUCCCCAGAUCCCGAGUUUGCUCUCUGUGGACCCCACAGUCGAUCCUCUCAAGUCUCUAGCAAGCAACAUUUCAUUUGGGACUGAAGUAGAAGUUCAGCUGGGGAAGCGUCUUCAGGCGUCGGUAGUUAGGCAGAUGAAGGAUUCGGAGACAACUAUGCAAUGGACCUUGAUUUACCAGCUCACGAGCCGUUUGCACGUGCUCAUACAAUCUGCUCCAUCCAAACGACUCCUAUUUGAAUAUUCGACAAAUUCACAGGACUAGGGAUGGAGGAUACCCUACUUCAUAGGAGGAAGAAGCAUUUGAUGCAUUUUCUUCAUUGAAUUUUGACUGUGUAAAUCAAUUGAUUCUUGUAAAUAGAGUUGUUCUUUGCUUACCAAAGCUUCCUUUUGUUAAAAAGCUUCAUUUUCUGAUCUACUUGUUCUAGUGGCAACAAAAUUACAGUGCAUAA